ACAGAUACGACAGUAUUGGAUCAAUGACAGUCCCGAAAUUCGAAUUUCCUCAAUUGUUUACAUUAGAAACAGCGCCCAUUUCUUGAUGUCAGUAUCCUUCAAUGUACUGUUGUAGUUAUGGGUAUUUACUAGUAUGAGAUAUUCAAACCGUCAAAUUCACAGGUAUUAAAAAAUGUUUCUUCAAUCCUACUUUAAAAGACAAAUUUAAAAUAAAUCGUGGUGGAAAUUAAAAAAAAAGAAAAAACCCACGUGUGUCAAACAUUAGGUUCCGGCAUAAGAAAAUUGGCUAUUUUCCUGUGCUGCAGAUAACAAAUGAGAAAUUUUUUGAACCAUAAAUGAUUAAAAGUAUAUAUACAGGUGAUAAGAUGAUUGGGUUAGAAAAUCUAUAGAUAAUUCUGAUUCUGAAUGCUUUUUGUCAAACAAAGUGACCAGGUAUUGACGAGACUAAGUUAAAGUACGACAUACUUCAAUCAAAUAAAUCCCCCCUCAGUUGAAAAUUGAACUCGUCCGAACUUCGCGUCAUCACGUAAACAGUAGCAGAUCCAAUAAUGUCUCAUGUGUAGUCGGACGUGUGGGAACGUCUUGCUUUCGGCAGUCAUUACAGGAUGAAAAAGGGUGAAAUUCGCCUGGUUGUUGGUUUCGCGGUGGCAGUUCUAUCAUGUGUUUUCCUGUCUGUUGUGGCUGUGAGAGAAAUGCAAAUACUGGAAUGGUCUCCAGGGGAUGCUGUCAUGGGAGCUGAAUCAUGGGAAACGAGGGGUGCCUCUCGGAAGUUGAACUCUUUGGCCAACUGUACCCCACGUGCCAUUAAGCAGUUUCCCCAGGGCCUCUUCACCCAGAAGCAGCGGGCAGGGGGCGCUGUCAUCCUUCACAUCCUGGUGGCUGUGUACAUGUUUGCAGCAUUUGCUUAUAUCUGUGAUGACUACUUUGUCCCAUCGCUGGAAAUCAUGUGUAAUGUGUUCCACAUUCCAUCUGAUGUAGCAGGUGCCACCUUGAUGGCUGCUGGAAGUUCUGCCCCGGAGUUAGCUACAGCUGUCAUAGCCGUAUUUAUAGCUCAGGAUGACAUUGGUCUCGGUGCAGUUGUGGGCUCAGCGGUGUAUAAUGUGAUGUUUGUCAUCAGUGUGUGUGCACUCUGUGCUGGCAUGGUUAUACAUCUUCACUGGUGGCCUUUGUUCCGAGACUGCACCUUCUACACACUCAGUGUGGCAGCUUUGGCGCUUGUCAUAUUGGAUGAAUAUGUCUACUGGUAUGAAGCCCUCAUCCUGGUUGUACUGUAUCUGGCCUACAUUGCCUUGAUGUAUUUCAACUCUGCCAUUGAAGAAUGGAUUGUACUAAAGUUUAAAAGCUGUUGUAAGCCUUACUCCAAGAGAAAGAAUGAACCAGAAAAUGUGGCUUUGUAUGAGAAACUGAGGAACCCUGGGAAGGUGAAUGGGGCGGUGUCAAAAAUGGAAAAUGGUGGAGAUAAAUGGGACAGUGUACAGACUGCGUCCCCAGACUCGGAUUACAACUCUGAGGAGGAUGCCGGUGAUCAGGACAUCAUGUAUAAAGAGAUCGGACCCAGGUCAAAUGAGGAGCCGGAGUCGGUGUUCGAGAUGCCAGCCGGUUGUAUACGACGGAGUAUAUUUGUCAUAUCGGUUCCUAUUAAAGUACUCCUGUACCUAACGGUGCCGGACUGUCGUCGCCAGCGGUGGAGGAAGUGCUUUAUACUGACGUUUUCCCUGUCUCUAGUCUGGUUGUCUGUGUUUUCAUACAUCAUGGUGUGGAUGAUUACCAUUAUAGGUUACACCCUUUAUAUACCUGACACAAUAAUGGCACUGACCUUUGUGGCCUUUGGGGUCAGUCUACCUGAUGUGAUAUCCAGUGUCAUUGUGGUCAGAGAAGGCCUAGGCGAUAUGGCGGUUUCUAAUGCUGUCGGAAGCAACGUCUUCGACAUUCUGAUUUGUCUAGGAAUUCCCUGGUUUCUAAAGUGUGCUUUGUCCAAGUUUAAAAAGCCGGUACAGGUGUACAGUGAAGGUCUGCUAUACUCCAGUCUGACACUACUGUUGACGGUAGUCUUUCUUCUGGUGGGCACCCACCUUAAUGGAUGGAGACUUACAAAGAAGUACGGAGUCGUGCUGAUGAUUGUCUACUUCCUGUUCACCAUUUUAACAUCUUUGUAUGAAGUCAAUGUGUUUGGUUAUGUACACCCAAAGGAAUGCCAGAGAAGUGAUUGAUUUUAAUCUGUGGUUAGAAUAUUGUUAAUACAUACAGUUUUGUGUUGUUUUCUUUUCUUUUCUUUUUUUUUCUCGGUUUUUUUUUUAUUUGCUUUUUUUGUUUCCUUAUUCCAAAUAUUGAUGAAUUGACACUGUGAUCUGAAUAUAUACAUUAUUUUGUAUUCAAUAUAUUAGUUAAAUAGUGUUUUACAGUGUAAAUCCUAGGUUAUUUUUACACAGCCACUUGAUGUGGUGCUAGCUCUUGUUUUAAUUGGUUCAGGGUCCAUUUGUGUCUUGUAAAAUAAUCAAACUUUUCCCCUAACAAUUUCUGUUCAAUAAAUGGAUUUAAAAUUUAUAAUUGAUUAUAUCAGUUAAAAUCAUAUCGAACAUGAUUGUUAGUUUUUAUGUGACCUUUAAAACUUACACUAAAUUUUAUUUGUAUGCCAUCAUUCCUCAUUUUUCUUGUAUGACAAUUUUUUGUUGUCAUGCAGUUUCUCUAUUUGAAAUCUCUACUAUUUUACAUGAAAUAUAUACUUUACAAAGUAAGUAAUUUAUUGUGAUAUUUAUCAAAAAACGUGAGGGUAUUUGAAAUAAAAGCAAGGAUGAUGCUGUGAUCAGAAAUAUAUCUAAAUAUUUUAUUUUUAUAUGAUCAUGUGAUUUUUUAAUGUGAUGUCACUACUUCAUUCCUGAUGACAUGUGUAAACUAUGUUUUAAAUGUAAUACAGUUUGAAAGUUUUUAUGAAAAUAGAUUGGUGUGUUACAAACAUCGUAUAAAAGUCUAUUGUUAAACAUUAAAUUGUAUGAUUUUGUGUUUGUGCCAUGUACAAUUUAUUAUAUGUUUAUUAUUCAUCACUGUAAAGAGAUAUGUAGCACUGAAAUUGAAAUUUUGGUUAUUUUUUGCUUUUGUCCAACUCAUAGAGAGUGCUACAACUCCAAACUAGGAAACUAUUUGUUGUUUCAGGUAAAUUUGGUGUAAAUACACGUGUAUACCCCUGUAAAUUCCUAAAUACCAUGUAUAUGCGAGGAAAUGCUUUGGCGCGUAAUUUAACUAGAAACACCACUUGCAAAAUAAUAAUGCUUGAAGUUUUACUUUUAUAUUGCUGAAAUACAUGUGAAAACUGUUGAUCAACAAAUCCACUCACAAAUUCAUGUUGAGCAAUUUGACGUCUAUGGUUCAUUUCGUGAUAUAAGUACUCGCGUAAAAUAAGAAAUCUACAUUAUCUACACAAGAUACUUUAUUUACAUAUAUAUGCCCAAUGCUCAGACAGGUGGGUCGUUGAGGAGAAACGAAACGAUAUUUUAAUCUAGAUCAUUAUUGUAGUCACGGUGUCUUUUUUUAUUUCCUCUCGUACUUUAAGUAUUAAUGAAAUUUUUCAUCGAGUAAAUAUUGGGAAUAUACUAUUUCUUUAUCGUUUUUCAGCUAUUGUUAAAAUAAUUUUUCUCUGUGUUGAAAUUAUGAACGUCAGUUCGUGUCACUCGCACCUAAACUCCAUGUCGGACUUUAAAUCCCCAAAAUAAAUUUUGUCAAAAUAGCCA